AUGAAUGGGGAAUGGGGCUACGAUGACGAGGUUCUUGGUGAAGAACGUCGUGAUUUAUGCUGGUUGCACCCAGGAAUAGCAUACGGUCAGCGACCACUUCCCGAGCAGUCGAGUGUCUUGCAGUCUGCCCAAGAGGUUUUGAUUCGCCGUCAGAAGACUAGUCUCCGAGGAGUGCGGAGCUAG